CUUCGGACGUGAUCACGAUAGCCUCACCGCGUACAGUACAGCAUGAACGUCGAGCGGUGCGUCGAGCUCCACAACGAAAUAUUCAAACUCGGCUGGGAUAGUCUGGGGAAAAAGGCUGAAGACUUCCGUCCGCGCACCUGGUUCGAAGUUCACGGCGCCGAAGCUGAAGCGGUUCGGGAUAUCUUGUCGCCAGAUGUCGCUGCCUUUCUCGCGCGCGCAUGUGACGCUGAGGAUGUGAACGAACACCACUUCUUCUACUAUGUCGGCGGUCUGCAGUACCCCUGCGGUCUAUUGCAUGACCUCUUCGAAGAAGUUGUCGAGGAGGAGGACCAGAAGAGAUAUCUAGUUCUCUAUUCGGCAAACAACCUCGCAUCGCAUCCGCUGGGCCUCGUAUUUGAUCAGAAGAGGAGCUUAGCCAUUAUGUGCAUGUCCAUCCAUGACACAGGCAUAAUUCUCAACGGCCGCAUGCCUUGGUAUCCGCUAGAGACGGUUCUCGAAGCCUGGCUCGACAUGAUUCACAAGGGCAAGGUGAGAGCCGUGGGCACGGAGACCGAGUAUUGCCCUUGGGAAAUCGUUUCAUAUAGCCAGACCAUCCUCGACGAGACCGUCGAGACCUUCAACAAGCUCGUUGAAGCCAUAGAAUCGCGCUUGCCCGAGCAUACCACAAACACAGAAGACACAACGACUGGUCUAGCCGACGACAGCACCCUGGAGGAAUUCCCGCAAGGCUUCGCCCUCGACUUCAUGCAGAGAGUUCGACGUCCGCGCUUCCGCUUCAUCGCACCAGGCCUGGAGAUCCCCUCCUCGUCCUCCAUCCUGGACCAGCCCUUCUCCCCGCUGCUAGGUGCCCCGGGCACCGACGGCUUCAGCCAAAUCCCUCCUAUGUUGCUCUUCCGCUCGACAACACACUACCACGAUGCUCCGCCUACCGCCAAGGACAUCCUUCCCUUCGGCUGGCUGUACAGCCAACUCACCAGAUUCCCAGCAGGCCUGUACCUCCAGGCUGGUAAUAGGGGCAGUUCCAAUCCCUUCGACGACGAAUGCGUGCUCGUCCUGCCCUAUGGCAUCGGCGCGAACGGGUAUGCGCGAACCAGCGAUGGAGCGCUCUUUGGGGAAAACUCGGAGGCAGCAGAGGCUGACUCGAGGGAUAUGGCCAUGGAAUUGUAUCAGCCGGGUCACCAGCCGUUUACUGAGAUUCAUGGAGUUAGAUUGGACAGUGUGUUGAGGAGCUGGCUCGGGAUGGUCGAGAGAGGGGAUUGGAAGGUUGAUGGAGGGGGAGUAGUGAGUGGGAUGGAGGAGUGGAGGAAAGCGGAUACGGGGAGUGAGUGGGAGAAGUAUGUGGUUCCUGUUAGUUGGUGAUGGGGUAGGACAGCUGGUUCAUUGACUACUAGUCUGCAUGCGGAGUAUUGUUGUGUUUAACUAGUACCUCUGUGUGUGCCCGGUGGGUUCCGCUCAGUGCACGAAUAGGAGACUUAUAAGUAGCUAGAGUAGGAGGAGACAUGCGUUGAUUGUAGAACAGUGCGGAGGGAUUGGCUAUAGGUAAUACCUACGAGUCACGUGGUUUGUACGCAGAAACGGU